AAAGAACCCCUUGCCUGGCUACCAGUAUAUAUACACACAUAAACAUUACUACACAAUAAAACAAAGAAGAUAGAUUAACACUUAUAUACCUCUAUUUUACAAACACUGGUAACUUUUGUUUUGUAAUAUUGAUCAUGGCAAAGCUAUUAUGUUCUUGUGUCCUUGUACUCAUGCUUGUGUUUUCAGCCUUUUUAAUGGUUGAAAGAGUUGAGGGAAAGCGAUGUCGUUUGACGAUUGACAAAGCAAAUCCAUGUUACCUUAGUGAUUGCCGUUUAAGCUGCUACAGUUUGUAUAAUGGAGUAGGAAAAUGUUUUGACGAUCCUAAAGUUCCUGGACCUUCUAACUGUGAUUGUCUCUAUAAUUGUUAGAGCUACUAUUUUAUAAAUGUUGUGGUAUUUUAAAUAUUCGAUUUCCUUUAUCUAUAUGAAUAAAAAUUAGAUCUCCAUCUUUACUUAUAAUUGAAUGAUUUAAUUUUACGGAAAUUUCAGAGGUUGUAAUUACUUUAUUGUUAUUCUUUCUAUUCUUCCAUGAUGAGAUUCAGAAUAAUAAUAGUUAACUAAACGAUCUCU